AUGCCUUUAGUCAAGCCUCGAGCAGAGGUGAACGAGGACACUCGCGUCCUGGGUUACGACCCUCUUCUUUCCCCUCAUUACAUUCAGACCGAGAUUCCCUCGCCCCCCUCAUCCUUUGUCACCGUCAAAUCCGGACGAAACCAAGCCAUUGAAAUCAUCGAGCAGCGCGACGAUCGCCUCAUCGUCGUCGUCGGACCAUGCUCCAUCCAUGACCCAGAGACCGCCAUAGAGUACGCUCACCGCUUGAAAGCGCUAUCAGAAAAGCUCUCCGGCGAGCUAUGCAUCAUCAUGCGCGCCUACCUGGAAAAGCCGCGCACCACAGUAGGCUGGAAAGGUCUAGUCAACGACCCAGACAUCAACGAGUCCUACAACAUCAACAAGGGUCUCCGCGUAUCCCGCAAACUGUACGCAGACCUAACCAGCCUCGGCAUGCCCAUUGCCAGCGAAAUGCUUGAUACCAUUUCCCCACAGUACCUCGCCGACCUAAUCUCUGUGGGCGCCAUCGGUGCGCGCACCACCGAGUCCCAGCUCCACCGCGAACUGGCGUCCGGUCUCAGUUUCCCAAUUGGAUACAAAAACGGCACAGACGGCAACCUGGGCGUGGCCAUUGACGCGAUUGGCGCCGCGUCGCAUCCACACCAUUUCUUGGGUGUGACCAAGGAAGGCCUGGCAGCCAUCACUAAAACAUCCGGUAACGAGCAUGGCUUUGUGAUUCUGCGCGGCGGCACAAAGGGCACUAAUUACGACCGCGUGAGCAUCAAGGCUGCGCGCGAGGCUCUAGAGGCUCGUAACCAGCGACAGAUUCUGAUGGUGGAUUGUUCGCAUGGAAACUCGAAAAAGAAUCAUCGUAACCAGCCGCUGGUCGCCAAGGAAGUGGCUGACCAGUUGCGUGAGGGCGAAAGUGCUAUUAUCGGGGUCAUGAUUGAGUCGAAUAUCAAUGAGGGUAGCCAGAAAGUGCCACCAGAGGGUCCGGCGGGUCUCAAGAAGGGAGUUAGUAUUACUGAUGCCUGUAUUAGUUGGGAGUCGACGGUGGAGGUAUUGGAAGAUCUGGCGGAUGCUGUUCGUGCUCGUCGUGCUGUGAAAGCUAAGGGCAAUGGUCAUGCAUAG